UUAGAGCUGCUAUCUGUUCCGGCGCUCGGAUAAUGUGUCUGCUAAUUUUCGUAGUUUCACCCGUUCUACCGCUAGAUGGCUGUCGCGCUAGACCAGUAGUCCAGUACCGUUUGCGGCGGAUCGUCGAGUAAUACCGGCUUCAGUACACGACGAUUACACGUGUUAAAGCUGAUUGCUGGGAGUGCUCAAAUGUAAAUAUUGUUUUAAGGAUGUUCCUUAUUAUGUGUUAAAUACUUGAGUAAUGGGAAGAUGAAAUUUCUCAAGGACAGUGAAUGUUGCCAUCAGCACUGUUUGGUUCCAUCCAGAUUAAGCGCUUCUGUGUAGCAUACUGUUGUCAUUUUAGAUCUCACCUUCACAGACCUCUACACAUUUGUCAGAAAGGUAGAGCUGGUACACUUUCUGUUUCUAAUACAUCUGGGAAAAUGUGUUCUGUGACUAGACCAAGAAUUUGCACUCAUGAUGGAGUUUUCCACUGCGACGAAGCUCUUGCUUGCUAUAUGUUGAAGAGAUUGCCGGAAUAUAAUGAUGCAAAAAUUGUCAGAACUAGAGAGGAAGCUAUUAUAAAAGAAUGUGAUGUUGUUGUUGAUGUUGGUGGUGUUUAUGACCCAUCAAAGCAUUACUAUGACCAUCAUCAGAGAAAUUUUGAUGAAAGUAUGAGUUCACUGUCUGAAAAGUAUAAGUGGAAAACUAAACUUAGCAGUGCUGGUCUUGUGUAUUUCCAUUUUGGCCAUAGAGUAUUGAAGAUAAUCCUAGACUCAACUGAUGACAAACUAAUAUCUGCUGUAUACGACAAGGUAUAUGAAUUCUUCAUUCAAGAAAUAGAUGGCAUUGAUAAUGGAGUACCUAUGUUCAACGGCGAACCAAGUUACAGAAUUUGCACCAACUUAUCAGCUCGUGUCGCAAGGUUAAAUCCAUUUUGGAACGGUGUAAGUGACAGUGACAUAGAUAGAUUUAACGAAGCCUAUUGUCUUGUUGGAAAAGAAUUUGAAGACCACAUAAAAUAUUGGGCCCACGUUUGGUGGCCUGCUCAUGAUAUUGUUCGUAAGGCAGUAAAUAACCGUUAUGAGACACAUCCUUCUGGUGAGAUAAUGUUACUGUCAAAUGGUGGCUGCCCUUGGAAGGAUCAUCUCUUUGAGCUGGAAGAAAAGUUACACAUCGAGCCAACUAUAAAAUAUGUGCUGUAUCAAGAUCACGCAGGGAAAUGGAGAGUCCAGUGUGUACCCAUUGCACCACAAAGCUUUGUGUGUCGCAAGUUCUUAUGUGAAGCUUGGUGUGGCUUGAGAGAUGAAGAGUUGAGUGUAAAAGCUGGGAUUGCAGGUUGUAUUUUUGUCCAUGCGACAGGCUUUAUUGGAGGAAAUAAAACGUACACUGGUGUUCUUGAAAUGGCUGCUAAGUCACUAACAGCUUAGUGUUUUCACAGUGUUUAAAAUGUCUUCACAGUGAUAACAUUAAGGUAAUACGUACCAACCCAGUCAUUACCUUUGUAUGUAUGAUAACGUAUUGCAUUCAUCAAUUUUGUGUUGUAAAGAUUUUUUUCCCAGUGGAUGCUACAUGGGCAUAAACAACCUGACCAGCUGUGUGUGUGUGUGUGUGUGUGUGUGUGUGUGUGUGUGUGAAAUCGGGAAGUUUCGAAAUUUGAACUAAAGCAGCUGUAGCUUUAGUGAACGAGGGUUCAUGGUAAAAUACAUGAGAUUAUUCAUUUACAGUGUGACUGCUUCUGUAACAUACAAUUUUUACAAGGUAAUAAUGGCCAGAAUCGAAGUAUCUCGUUAUAACAAUUUUAAUAGUUGGUGACUAUGUUGUUUCAUGUACCUACACAUGUAAUAAAAUGAAGAAAUCCCACAAUGGUAGUAACUGUUAAAGUGACACUAUGAAAGACUUAAAAAUGGGACUACACAGUAGACCAAUAAGUAAAUACCGAUGUAUAAAAAAUUUGACAGUGGCAUCACUAGAACUUUCAUCACAUUUAGGAUCAUUAUUUCUGCCAAAACCAUUUCACAUGCAGACUACAUUUCUACUUUAGUUGGUUUAAGAUUAUUGUCUACUGCUACAACUGCACAGUCUCCAUCACAUGGAGCCCAUCUUUUCUAAAAACAUCUAAGACUCAGACAGCGGUCUGGCCAUGAGGGCAGAACGGACUGUUGCCUUCUAUGGUCAGCUGUGACUUAACGGAGACCGGACAGGGUGCAGCGAUCUAUUUGUAGAAUAGUGCUCAUUGUAAGUAAGUUAGGUGUUUUGCAGUAAAUAUAAGUAAACGAAAGUCAAGCAAGUAGUUGCAUGAUAUAGUAAACAAGAAGACUAUGAUGACUUUCACUUUCUUUGCAAGGAAGACUGUUUCCUCAGUUAUUUCAUAUCUCUCCUGAACCAUGGGAACUGUUACAUAGGUUCAUUGAGUGGAAAAUCUUAUCUAGCUACAGUUGUGCAUAAUUAAUUGUCUUAUCAAAAUGUAGAAAGUGAAAAUAGACAUCUGAGAAUUUUAUUAAAUAUUUGCCAGAAUAAUAAUGUAUUAUUACUAUGUACAGGCCUACUCAGCAUAGGAAUAAUCACAAUCUGAAAUAUGCAUUUAUGCAAGUA